AUGCCCUCCAAAACGCCCCCAGAAGACAACCUCAUCAUCGACGACCUCCUGACCUGGCAAGACCGCCUCCUCGAUUUCUUCCUCGCAAAGCCCACUCAAGGCCCCCAUAACUGCCAAGACGGGUUCAGCACGCAUAUGAAGUGCACACUUACAGUCCAACAAACCUUCCAGAACGUCAACUUCCACUCCCUCAUCCUAUCGCAUGACAAGUACGGCGACUUUUUUAUUCUCAUCGCAGGGCCGGAACAGGCUUCUCCGAAGGUUCUGGCAUCUACUAUGGCCUCGUGGAUAACGACGGGGAAUAGCCUUGAACCUGCUAUGUUUGAAUCAGGGGAGACGAGGAUAGAGAGGAAUGAACAUCGAGGGACGCAGAUUUUCGCGCACUUGGUGGGUGAGAAGGUGAUGUUUUAUAAGAGGGGUGGGCUGGUGGUACUGGGGAAUGAGGAGCUUUGCAGAAUGGGAGAGGUGGAUGGUCAGGAUUCGCGUGAUAUUGGGGGGAUUUUGAACCAGGGGCCUCCGUUGCCUAUUCGUGGGGAUGGUGCUGGUGGUAUUGAGAAGGAGGAGUGA